UUCAUCGAUGUCACAACUUUCUUGACAGAUUUUAGAAAACAUUCAACCACAACUGCGAAAACAAAAAUUUCAGUAAAAGUGGGUUGCAUGUUUCACUUGUUCUCAUGGAAAGUGAGAAUAGAAAAAGAUAUUAUUUUUGUUUGCAGUCGAUCCAACCAAUCCAGUCAUGACACGGGCAAUAUGAGCUUUCAGGUCAAAGUUUGCUCAAAAGAUUUCCUUUUUUCCAUCACAAGUAAUCAAAUGCUUCACGAAGCACCAAAAAAAAAAACAUUUAAUCUCCAUUAAGGAAACUCCAAAGUGGAGACAGAGAACCAGGGGUACGAUGACCAAAUAACAUUGCUUGUGGUAGAUCUUUGCAGACCCAAUUUCUUGUUAACCUAUGCAGGUUCUAGGUUAAUAUACUAGAUCAUCAUAAGAUAUGUCAACACUCAGCAGGAUGACAAGCAUGGGUCCAAAUUAAUCAAAAAACUUAUGUCGGUGAGGAGGUUAAACUUGCAUGAGUGCUCUACAUGACUUCUUUAGUUCAUUGAGAGGUAGUGCUCUACAUGACAACUUCUAAUUGACCGGGAUAAGUCUAAACUAUCUAAUCCAAGCAUGGCUGAUUCCUGGACCCCAGUUUCUUCCCCAUGAAUGAUAGGCCUCACCAUCUCAGUUGCACAUGUACUCAGCUCAAAGGACAGUUUGGUUUGCAGAUAUCAAAUUUCAUGAUUUACUGAUAACACUUCACUAAUUGGAUGCAUAACAAGGACCGAGGGAGUUGGCAUUGGCACAUUGCCAUGAACUACGUCGUCAGAAUGCUGAAAUCAGCAGCCAUCAGAAUUUUGUUUCCAGUGUACUUUAUGUUUGCUUUAACAGGACUUGAAUACCACUAAGUCUCCACUCCUCCACUUGUCCAAUUCUUUAACCUGAUACACGGCCACCUGUCUUUUACCGAAUUUUCCCUCCAGACAAGCUUUAAACUCCUUGUCUCCCUCUAUCUCUGAGGUUACCUCUCCAAGCUUCCAUUGUCCAGACCAAAAGAUCACACAAUCUGCAGAGAUCUCCAUCUCCAGUCCACGAACUCAGAAAUCAGCCAUGCCUGGGGUUGAAAGCUUGCUCCUCCUCUUCAUGCUAUCAAUUCCCUCAUCCCAAGCUUGGUCCAUUGAUUACCCUAGCCCCAUUGCCAACCUUCCUUCUCUUUGGACCAACAACAAUGCCACCACCCCUUACAAUGCAACCUACAAUGAUGGUUCCACGAUCAGAGCCAUUCUUGUCAGGCAGAACCCUGCCUGGUUUGGUCCAUCCUUCGCCUGCGGCUUCAUCUGCACUGCUCCCUGCAAUGUCUUCCUCUUUGCAGUCUUCUUUAUCUCCAUUGGUGAUCCAAACAACCCUGCCUUCAAUGCCACAGCCAGGCCAAGGGUUGUGUGGACAGCCAACAGAUACCAUCCAGUGAAGGAGAAUGCAUCAGUGCAGCUUACCAAGGAUGGCAAUCUCAUACUCCGAGAUUUCGAUGGUUCACUGGUGUGGUCCACAAACACAUCAGGCAGCCCAGUUGUUGGUAUGAAUCUUGCUGAGACAGGGAAUCUGAUUCUCUUCAAUGUGAUGGGGAAGACGGUGUGGGAAUCAUUUGAGCACCCAACUGAUACACUCCUUAUUGGGCAGUCACUGUGGCAAGGGAAGAGGCUUACUUCCACUUCCUUGGUAACAAACAGGACUCAAGGUCAGUUCUACCUCACUAUGCUCGACAAUGGCCUGUAUGCUUUCAUCGAUGCAGAUCCUCCACAACUUUAUUACCAGAAAAUGUUUAAUAUUAGUGAUGCAAUAGUUCGAUCAAAGAUGAACAUAUCCUCUGGUGAAGCGAAGAAUUGCACCACUUAUAUAUCCUUCUUACAAGGGAGCCUCUCAGCAUUUGCUAGCUUCAACAGCACAAAUAUCAAGUUAUUCGAUAUCUCGCUGCCUUUGCCAUCUUCAGCACAAUUCAUUAGCCUCGAUGAUGAUGGGCACCUGAGAGUUUAUCGAUGGGACGGUAUUUUGUGGAAAUCUCUGGCUGAUGUUUUGCAUGUGUAUCCUGAUGAAUGUGCAUACCCUACUGUAUGUGGUCAGUAUGGAAUCUGUUCACAAGGACAAUGUAGCUGCCCAAGUGGAAAUUCUGAUGAUGACCUUUUCCAUCAGUUGGAUGACCGGCAGCCUAACCUGGGAUGCUCCCUAGCAACUCCUCUGUCCUGUGACUUGAUCCAAUAUCAUCAGCUUCUGCCACUCCCAAAUGUCACGUACUUCAAUUUUGCAUACAAUCUGACUACAGACGAAGAAAGUUGCAAGGAGGCAUGCUUGCAGGCCUGUUCAUGCAAGGCGGUUUUUUUCCGGCAUCAAAAUGUUUCUAAUGGCUCCUGCUAUCUGACGCCAAAGAUUUUCUCACUCAUGAAUUACCAGCCAGAAGUGGUUGGAUAUAAAUUAUCUGCGUACGUCAAGGUGCAGAUGUUACCAUUGCCAUCAAGUAAGAAAAUAGAUACAACAGCUUACCAUGUCGGUGUUCCUGUUCUGGUUGCAGUCAUCUGCCUACUCAUUCUCAUCAUCAGAAGAACAAUAUCAAGGAGGAUGGAAGAGGACGAUCCAUUUAAAGGAGUGGCUGGGAUCCCUACACGGUUCUCCUACAAACAGCUGCGAGAAGCAACCAAUAACUUCAGCAAAAAGCUGGGACAAGGAGGAUUCGGACCAGUGUACGAGGGGAAACUUGGAAAUGUCAAAAUUGCCGUCAAAUGCUUGCGUGACAUUGGCCAUGGAAAGGAAGAAUUCAUGGCCGAAGUCAUCACCAUUGGUAGCAUCCAUCAUAUCAAUCUUGUCAGAUUGAUUGGGUACUGCUCUGACAAAUUCCACAGGCUCCUUGUUUAUGAGCAUAUUAGCAACGGGUCUCUAGAUAAAUGGAUCUUCAGUAAAAACCAAAGUGGUUCCCUCAGUUGGGUAACUCGAUACAAAAUUAUCCUAGACAUUGCAAAGGGUUUGGCCUAUCUUCAUGAAGAAUGCCGACAAAAGAUCGCUCACCUUGAUAUCAAGCCUGGAAAUAUCCUCCUUGAUGACAAGUUCAACGCAAAGAUCUCUGACUUUGGUUUAGCAAAGCUGAUAGAUAGGGAUCAAAGCCAUGUGAUGACCAAAAUCAGAGGAACAAGGGGUUACCUAGCACCGGAGUGGUUGACAUCAACAAUUACUGAGAAGGCUGAUAUUUACAGCUUUGGUGUUGUUGUGCUGGAAAUAGUAAGCAGAAGGAAAAACCUGGACAACAAUCAGCCUGAAGGGAGCAAUAAUCUAAUUAAUAUACUUCAAGAGAAAAUCAAGGUUGGGCAAGUUCUAGAUAUAGUGGGCAAUCAGGAUGAAGAUAUCCAUUUACAUGGAUCAGAAAUGACAGAAGUAAUCAAGCUUGCUGUCUGGUGCUUGCAGCGUGACUGCAGUAAACGACCAGCCAUGUCGCAGGUCGUGAAGGUCUUGGAAGGCGCAAUGUACACAGAAACCACUUCACGCUAUGAUGCAACUAGCAGAGAAGACAUUUUUGAUGCUUCAUCCCCUGUGUCCCCAGUACCUGUAUCAGCAAGGUGA